AUGGCUCCCGCUGCAACGGAAACACCCGACAUGUCUAUCAAUCCGAGCGACGAUGUGCGCGUACUUGGCUACGACCCGCUGAUCCCACCCCAACUUCUCGCGUCCGAGAUCCCCAUCCCCGCACAUGCCGAAAAGACCGUCAUUCAAGGUCGCAAGGACGCUGCCAGCAUCAUUACCCAGAAGGAUGACCGUCUCCUCGUCAUGGUCGGGCCCUGCUCGCUCCACGACCCAGAGCUGGCACUCGAGUACUGCCAGCGCCUCAAGGCCCUCGCAGACAAGCUUCAAGACAACCUCUGCAUCAUCAUGCGCGCCUACCUCGAGAAACCACGCACAACCGUCGGCUGGAAGGGCCUGAUCAACGACCCAGACAUUGACGAGAGCUACAAGAUCAACAAGGGCCUGAGAGUGUCGCGCAAGUUGUUCGUGGACCUCACAUCCGCGGGCAUGCCUAUUGCCUCCGAGAUGCUCGACACUAUCUCUCCACAGUUCCUCGCCGACCUCAUCUCUCUGGGUGCUAUUGGUGCACGAACAACCGAGUCACAAUUGCACCGUGAGCUAGCCUCUGGUCUCUCUUUCCCUAUUGGAUUCAAGAACGGCACCGAUGGAGGCUUGACCGUGGCGGUCGAUGCGAUUGGUGCUGCUGCUGCUAAGCACCACUUCAUGGGCGUAACGAAGCAAGGUCUGGCUGCUAUCACCAGGACGGCAGGUAACGAGCACUGCUUCGUUAUUCUUCGUGGUGGAUCCAAGGGUACCAACUACGACAAGGACAGCAUCAAGGCUGCCAGGGAGGCUUUGAAGAAGAAGAACCUGCCUGAGGUCAUGAUGGUCGACUGCUCACACGGCAACUCCAACAAGAACCACCGCAACCAGCCCCUCGUAGCCAAGGACAUUGCCGAUCAGAUCCGCAACGGUGAGACCGGCAUUGUUGGUGUCAUGAUCGAAUCCAACAUCAACGAGGGCAACCAGAAGGUCCCACCUGAGGGACCUAGCGGUCUGAAGAAGGGUGUCUCCAUCACAGAUGCUUGCAUCGACUGGGACAGCACCGUCGACACUCUCGAGAACCUUGCGUCUGCUGUCGCCGAGAGGCGGGCAAACCAGAGCAAGUCCAACGGUGCACACUAA